AUGCUGAAUUUGCAUCAUGCAAUGAAUGAUUUAAAUUUAGAUGAAUAUGUUGAUAUAACAGGAGAGUUUUUCGAAUCUGUAAGGACUAUACGUGAUAAUAAGGUUGUUCAAUCUCCAUUAUUCAAUUUGCUAGAAGGAACAAGAGCUGUUGAAAUUGGUAAUAAGAAAUUGGACACUGGCUUGAUACCUUUGAGUGAAAUAGACUAUAAUUUUGACACCUCUUGUCCUAAGGACGCAGAUAAGGUAAUUGCAAUAAUCAAUGGGUUAGUUCGACUGUAUACUAGCUGGUUGAAUAAUUCUUCGUUACCAGUCACUGUGUUGUCAUGUCGUUAUGUCCAAAUAUUGUUAGAAAAUUACCAAGGCAGUUUAAAUGAUUGUACAUUUGAAAACAAAAGGCUCCCCAAGCAGACAAAACAUGAUAAGGAUACUGUUGAAUGGAAACUAGUCCAUAAAGUAUUGAACUCAUUUAUUCUUGGUCUUGUUAAAUUUGUUGGUAUAUCAUUACAAAUUGCAUUCAAUACAUUAUACGAAGAAGAAGACUUAACUACCAGAAAUUUGGAUUUGGAUUUCUUGACUGAUAUCUCCCCUGAAUUCAUAAGUAAGAGAAUUAAUGACUCAAUACAUUGGCUUAAUCAAGACAGUGGGAUUCAAAACCAAAAGAAGGAAAUACUAUGUGAAUAUCUUGAGCUUGUGAAUAGAAUGCUCGAUAUACAGCUGAUAUUAUCCAUCGCUGUUCCAAUAUUUGAGAAGGAUGAUAAGAAAAAUAUCAAGAAUGAGAUACAAUUCUUGCAAUUAGGCCUUCAAAAUAUUAAAAGGUUAUCGCAAGUAGAUUUUGAAGGUUUCCAAUUGCCUCCAGGAAGUUUUUCAAAGUUCGUGCAAUUUGACUCCAAUAAUAGAAGUAUUCCAGCUGAUUUAUAUAUGGCCACGAACGACGAAUGCUUUCAAAAUUUACAAAAAAUGUUUAAAUCUAUUUAUAACUAUGUUAUUGAAUCAAACGAAUUACUCAAUAUUAAUCAUUUUGAUCAGUUUUUAAGUUAUGAUAUUUCUUACAACAUAAACCCGGAAUAUAAUGUAAUUUCCAGAGGAUUGUUUCAGCUAUAUUUAAUUCGAGACGAUAAAUCAAUUUUGGGAUCUAGAGAAACAAUCACUUCUAUGGGUAUGAAAUUAAUGGAAAAUACAUCAUGUUUGCAAUCGCUGAUUUUUCACCCAGAUACAUGGACAUCAAUCCAAGGUACUGAGGAACAUAUAAAUACUACGAAAGAGGAAAUUUUAAUUAAAUUGAACCAAUUGUUGAGUGAUAUUGAAACUGGAAUGUACCAUAACUUGAGUUGUGUUACUAACAAUAGAUGUAGACAAAGACAGCUCAUGUCAAGAGGCAUAGUUAUCUGGGAUACAUUGCAAGUUAGUUCCGAAUCCUUAGAACUAGAAUUAUGGCAAGAAUAUGGGAUUGGCGAUAAAAUCGAAGGACUUGACUCUGCAGAGGAUAACCCCUCGUUACCAUUAUCGUCAUUUGUAUAUGUUACAAAGUUAAAUGUAAUGUUGGAAGUAGCAUUAAGAGGUCUUGAAACGAAUAUUUACAAGCCGUUUGAAAUGAGUUGGAUGUAUUGGUACAUAUCAUACUUGACACAGGUAAUUGCAGAAUUUUACUCUAAUCAGAUAAAAUCAAUCAAUGACCUGAGAAUAUAUUCUAUUACUACAUCUGUCCCAAAAAAGAUUAAGAAGUUAAAAUCUGGCCCCAAAAAACAAAAGUUGAAACAACAAAAUGAAAUUCACCAAAAGAUUCAUUUACCUAUGCUUAAUAAAAUAAAUGACUACAAUAAUAGUUAUAUCAUUGAAUCCUAUAAGGGUUUGCGCAUGUUGAGCGAUGGUGUGAGAAUGUUGUUUAUUAUGUUGCAUGCGUUAGAAGUUACUAAUAUUACGCCAUCUUUCGAAUUAAGUUCAUUAGAGAGAAUAUAUGAUCUUCAAAUGAAACCAUGGUCGUCGGUUGGGGUACCUAAUUUACCACAUUAUAAACAGUAUGAAAAAUCCAUUAGCAUAGAUUUUUUACGUAAAUUGCCUCACCCUGAAAAACUUACUAAGAUCAAGCAAUUUCUUGAGACAAUUAUCGAUAAAUUUAAUGAUAGCAAAAAAAUCUACAUGUCGAUAAGCAAGAUGAUUGAAAAUGAUGACGAAGGACAAUUUAUAGGCGAUGGAAUAACAGAAUGGUAUAAAUCAUUAAUUAAAACUUGUGUUAUGUACUCAAUUGAAGUAAAUAACAUAAUAAAAUUGAUUGAUAGUGGAUUCAAUAAGGAAGAUUACACUACUGAAAUUGGCGAAGGAUACCAUAGAUAUUUUCCCAAAAUAUUUAUUAAAUUAAAUAGAACAUAG